AUGGUCUGGGGUACUGGACAUCAAUUGAAGGAGAAUGGAAAUCCUGGUCGCAUCUCGAAAGAAAACCGGGAUAGAAUAAAAAAUAGCCACGCGGAAGGACGCAGAUACACAUCUGAAGUAAAGAACCAUUUGAAAGGUGUCACUAAAAGUAAACCUUCGAAUGGAAAAAAGACGAAUGCCGUACCACAAGUGAAUCACAAAUACCGUACCACAAAUGGUAAUUCUCAUCCCAUACAUCUGUUUCCCAGCGGAGAAAGACUGAAGGAAUUGGACAUGGCAUACGAAGGAGCAAUGGAUCUUUUAAGGAUCCUUGAUGAAGAUGGUGUCAACAGAAGUAAAGGUCGAUCUAAACGCAAGUCAAACGCUAAAAGAGACAUGCAAAAUGAAGUUGACAUGGCGUAUGAAGGGGCCAUGCAACUAAUUGCAAAUAGAAGUUAUAGCCACAUUGCGUCCCGAGUUGGAAAUCAUGGCCCUAGUAAUCGAGGAGCUGAAGUAGGAGCGAACGACAGAAUAUACAAGAACAAAACACGGCGAGAAAAAAUAAAUCACAAACACAAGACAUCAAAGAGGAACAACGACGAACAGCACGAAAUCAUUGAUGCUGAUUCGCCCUUCCACCCAGCGUUCCAGAGUUGUCGAUCUGUAGACGAGUUCCAAUAUCUUUACAGAAUUGAUGAAGGAGCAUUUGGAACUAUCCAUGGAGCCAAGGACAGACGGACGGGGGAAAUGGUAGCCCUCAAACAACUUAAAAAAAUCAAUGAAACGGAAGGAUUCUCUAUCGCCGCUCAGAGAGAGCUUGGAAUACUGCUGAAGAUGCGGCAUCCCAACAUCGUCGCAGGCCGAGGAAUAGCGUCGAGUUCGGGAAAUGAGCAUGUGUUUAUAGUCAUGGAGCUCGUUGAUUACGACUUAAAAACUUUUAUGCAGACAAUGAAAGAAAACAAGCAAAUGUUUUCAGUCGAACAUGUAAAAUGCCUAAUGACGCAACUGCUAAGCGCUGUACAACAUCUGCACAACCAUCACGUGAUACAUCGCGAUCUCAAAACCCACAAUAUAUUAUUGUCAAACGAAGGUGUAUUAAAAGUGGCAGAUUUUGGGAUGGCCCGAGAAUAUGAAUUCUCUACUCGGCAAUAUACGCCGGACGUAGUUACGCGAUGGUACCGUGCGCCUGAACUACUGCUGCUUUCGAAAGAAUACUCCGCUCCUGUCGACAUGUGGAGUGUUGGAUGUAUAUUCGCUGAACUAACAACCUUGCGGCCACUAUUUCCCGGCAGAUGUGAGUUGGAUCAGAUAAUCAAAAUAUUUGUGGAUCUGGGAACGCCUUCAGACACGAUUUGGCCCGGUUACAGCGCAUUACCAAUGGUGAGAGACAUCGUGUUCAACGACUAUCCACCGGGCGGGUUGCGUAAAAAGAUAAGUCGCAAUCUGUUGUCUGAAGACGGGCUAUCUUUGCUGCAAGAUCUUUUAAUCUAUGAUCCUGCAAGAAGAACAACAGCAGCCGCUGCUUUAGAGCACCCAUACUUCAAAGAGCAGCCGGUGGCGAUGGAGCCGGCCAUGUUCCUGAAGUCGCCUGCUCGCUGA